CGCGUGCAGUUCUCAUCUCUGAUCUGAUCGAUCAGCUUCCGUUUCGAUUUAGUAUCCGUUCUCAAUAGAUUUUUUUGUGCACUGAUUGCAAUAUGCAUCCUGCCUCGCCGCAUCAACAUCGUUCUCGUAAUGCCAAUGUGCAAUCAUCACCAUCAACGGAGACAUUCGCCUUGAGCUCACUCAGUCCUCAGCAUCUUCAUCAGUCACAUCAGCAGCAGCAGCAGCAGCAACAACAACAGCAACAGCAACAUGUUGUCCAAAUUCCCAGCAUAUCGCAUCCCUAUCAAGGACUCAAGACAUCGGAGAACGAGAAUAUGGGAUGUGUGGAACUGCUGGCCACUGCAGUAUCGGUGCUCAUCAUGGUGCUGACCUUUCCCAUUUCAGUUUUCAUCUGCUUCAAGGUGGUCUCCGAGUACGAAAGGGCGGUUAUUUUUCGUAUGGGUCGCCUACGCAGCGGUGGAGCACGUGGCCCCGGUGUCUUUUUUGUAUUGCCCUGUGUUGAUGAUUACUAUCCGGUGGACUUGCGCACCGUUUCGUUUGAUGUGCCACCACAAGAAGUACUCUCAAAGGACUCGGUGACAGUCACUGUCGAUGCUGUUGUCUAUUAUCGGAUCAGUGAUCCACUUAAGGCAGUUAUUCAGGUAUCCAAUUAUAGCCAUUCGACGCGUCUAUUGGCUGCCACCACAUUGCGUAAUGUCCUGGGCACUCGUAAUCUGUCAGAGCUGCUAACCGAACGGGAAACGAUCUCACAUACCAUGCAAAUGUCUCUGGACGAGGCCACCGAUCCAUGGGGCGUUAAAGUCGAGCGGGUUGAAAUUAAGGAUGUCUCAUUGCCGACAGCUCUGCAGCGUGCCAUGGCCGCCGAAGCUGAAGCAGCCCGCGAGGCCCGUGCCAAAGUGAUUGCUGCCGAGGGUGAGAUGAAAUCAUCGCGGGCUCUGAAGGAGGCCUCAGAGAUUAUCUCCGCCAGCCCUUCAGCCCUUCAGUUGCGUUAUCUGCAGACAUUGAGUAGCAUAUCGGCGGAGAAAAAUUCAACAAUUAUCUUUCCCCUACCCAUGGAGCUGCUAACACCAUUCCUCAACUCUUCUGCGGCGGCAGCACAUCAAUAUCAUGCGGCAGCAGCAGCUGCUGCCGCUGCAGGACCGCCUCUCCAUCGCCAUCAGCAUCAUCAGUGACGCUCAAUGUCGGUGCUGCAGCCAUAUCUUGAGGCACUGCGUCGCUGUGAACUAAGAAAACAACUCACCGGCUCAAACCCAGACGACGACGAUGAUGACGAUAUCGUUGGCUAUUUGCUAUGAUCAGAUGAGGCGGCAGAGGCAGUGGCAGCAGCAGCGACAUAAGAAUAAAAACAAAAAAGAACUCAUGAAAUCAUAAUCGAAUUCCAUCAUGGAAAGCAAUAUAUAUAUAUACAUAUAUAUACAUAUAUACAUUACAAUAUUACAAUCAAUCGAUUCAGAAGCUGAACAUAUGCUGUUUAUCAGGAUCUCAUCUAAAGAAAGUUCAGAUUCUGUUUGACUUCAACUUGGAAUAUCCCACAA